AUGAAGCUUGUGGAGUGUGUGGCCGACCAGCGUGGAAGGUUCCUUGCAUGUGUGCUUAGCUGGCCUGGAAGAAGUGAAGUGAGGAUUCUUUCUUUUGAAAUCGAGGAGCUCAAAUCCAGUAUUGAGCUUGGACCAGAUGAGAAAAUAGAACGGGUCAAAUGGCUCCAGAACAAAGACACAAGCUAUCUGGGCGUGCUUCUCUCCACUAAUGAAAUCCUGAUCUAUUCUCCACUGUCGAAAGAGGUGGUAAACAAGAUUUUCACUGUUUCUACCCUCAUUGAUUUUACUGAUGGGCCGGGCCAGGAUGUCUGGGGAUACGAUAGAAAGAACAUGACGCUACGCAAAUUUGGUCUUUUCGAGAAUCGUAUGGUGGACUCCCGUCCUUGGACAACAGAUAAGCAAUGCCAGUAUCUCCAGUAUCUUCACUUUAAGCUUGCUAUUGCGUCCUCUGCUUUGUACGUCUUUGACCCCUAUAAAAUAGGAGAUGCCGAGGAGGAGGUCAAGAUCGCGGCUCCAAAAGCCCAUCAAUCACAGAUAACUAGCAUUCUGAUCUGCGAAAAAGACCCAGACUUGCUUGCGUUGGCCAGGGAGGAUGAGCCCUUGAUACAGAUUGUCUCGCUUUCCAGCUCUAAAGUGCUGUCUUCGCUCAGAUGUUCAUCUGCCGUGAAGUCAUUGGUGCUGCUGCAAGAUCUCUCAAUCGCUGCUGUGACAGAGGAUGGUGCCAUUGAGAUUUUUGCGGAGGUUUUCGGCAAAAAGUCUAGAAAGCAGCUCGUGUCGAAUUUGCAACUGAAACCAAACACAGCUGUCAAGUUCGUUAGUCUUGUAAGCAGAAAAGAUCAUUUUGUUGGCUUGUGGUUUGACGGCUAUGAUGUCAGUACCACCACUUUCGAAAUCGAGGAUUUAUCCCAAGAAGGAGAAGUUAUUAUUGACGUCGGCCACGAAAGUGAUUCUGGCUCUGACGAGGAGAACAAUGUCGAGGAGGACGAAAGUGAUGAAGAGGACUCGGAAGAGUUUUUAAGAGAAGACAUCAACGGACUAUAUUCACUGAUACUCGAGAAUAUUACGAAUAUGGACCGACUGGCUACCAUAUUGUCUCAGAACCAAGAUAACGCCAAAUCAAUCAUGUUCUUGCUGAAGGAUCAAGAGACGAUUGAUCUCUUCAAGCAGCUGACGCUCAAAAUUACAGACGAUACGCAGAACUCGCAGGAAUUGGGGACUUGGCUCAGGUGGCUACUCAUUUCCAAAGGGAAUUUGAUUUCCCAAGACGCAGACUCGGUUGGUUUGUUAAAACUGCUCCAAUCUUCUCUCGCCGAGAAUAUCCGCCUACUUCCCAGCCUUUUAACGUUACAGGGACGUCUUUCUCUGUUGCAAUCUCAGCUCAAAUUGAGAAAUGAUAUGAUGAACAGAUUCACAGAGACUCGCAACGAGGUGAGUUUUGUCGAGAGCUCGGUGUUUUUAGAUGGAGAGAAUGACGAUUUGGAGUACCAAGAAGAAGCAGAGGAGGAAAACGACGAGGAGGACGAGGACUGA